AUGGGCCUCGCCGAACGCACUGCCUCUCGGCUGCACUUGAUGGGCCUGGCCGAACGCACCGCCUCCCCGCCGCACUCGAUGGGCCUGGCCGAACGCACCGCCUCCCGGACGCACUCGAUGGGCCUGGCCGAACGCACCGCCUCCCGGCCGCACUCGAUGGGCCUGGCCGAACGCACCGCCUCCCGGCCGCACUCGAUGGGCCUGGCGGAACGCACCGCCUCCCGGCCGCACUCGAUGGGCCUGGCGGAACGCACCGCCUCCCGGCCGCACUCGGUGGGCCUGGCGGAACGCACCGCCUCCCGGCCGCACUCGGUGGGCCUGGCGGAACGCACCGCCUCCCGGCCGCACUCGGUGGGCCUGGCGGAACGCACCGCCUCCCGGCCGCACUCGGUGGGCCUGGCGGAACGCACCGCCUCCCGGGCGCACUCGGUGGGCCUGGCGGAACGCACCGCCUCCCGGCCGCACUCGGUGGGCCUGGCGGAACGCACCGCCUCCCGGCCGCACUCGGUGGGCCUGGCGGAACGCACCGCCUCCCGGCCGCACUCGGUGGGCCUGGCGGAACGCACCGCCUCCCGGCCGCACUCGGUGGGCCUGGCGGAACGCACCGCCUCCCGGCCGCACUCGGUGGGCCUGGCGGAACGCACCGCCUCCCGGCCGCACUCGGUGGGCCUGGCCGAACGCACCGCCUCCCGGCCGCACUCGGUGGGCCUGGCCGAACGCACCGCCUCCCGGCCGCACUCGGUGGGCCUGGCCGAACGCACCGCCUCCCGGCCGCACUCGGUGGGCCUGGCUGAACGCACCGCCUCCCGGCCGCACUCGGUGGGCCUGGCCGAACGCACCGCCUCCCGGCCGCACUCGGUGGGCCUGGCCGAACGCACCGCCUCCCGGCCGCACUCGGUGGGCCUGGCCGAACGCACCGCCUCCCGGCCGCACUCGGUGGGCCUGGCCGAACGCACCGCCUCCCGGCCGCACUCGGUGGGCCUGGCCGAACGCACCGCCUCCCGGCCGCACUCGGUGGGCCUGGCCGAACGCACCGCCUCCCGGCCGCUCUCGGUGGGCCUGGCCGAACGCACCGCCUCCCGGCCGCACUCGGUGGGCCUGGCCGAACGCACCGCCUCCCGGCCGCACUCGGUGGGCCUGGCCGAACGCACCGCCUCCCGGCCGCACUCGGUGGGCCUGGCCGAACGCACCGCCUCCCGGCCGCACUCGGUGGGCCUGGCCGAACGCACCGCCUCCCGGCCGCACUCGGUGGGCCUGGCCGAACGCACCGCCUCCCGGCCGCACUCGGUGGGCCUGGCCGAACGCACCGCCUCCCGGCCGCACUCGGUGGGCCUGGCCGAACGCACCGCCUCCCGGCCGCACUCGGUGGGCCUGGCCGAACGCACCGCCUCCCGGCCGCACUCGGUGGGCCUGGCCGAACGCACCGCCUCCCGGCCGCACUCGGUGGGCCUGGCCGAACGCACCGCCUCCCGGCCGCACUCGGUGGGCCUGGCCGAACGCACCGCCUCCCGGCCGCACUCGGUGGGCCUGGCCGAACGCACCGCCUCCCGGCCGCACUCGGUGGGCCUGGCCGAACGCACCGCCUCCCGGCCGCACUCGGUGGGCCUGGCCGAACGCACCGCCUCCCGGCCGCACUCGGUGGGCCUGGCCGAACGCACCGCCUCCCGGCCGCACUCGGUGGGCCUGGCCGAACGCACCGCCUCCCGGCCGCACUCGGUGGGCCUGGCCGAACGCACCGCCUCCCGGCCGCACUCGGUGGGCCUGGCCGAACGCACAGUGUCCCGGCCGCACUCGGUGGGCCUGGCCGAACGCACAGUGUCCCGGCCGCACUCGGUGGGCCUGGCCGAACGCACAGUGUCCCCUCCUCACUCGGUGGGCCUGCCCGAACGCACCGCCUCCCGGCCGCACUCGGUGGGCCUGGCCGAACGCACAGUGUUCCCUCCUCACUCGGUGGGCCUGCCCGAACGCACCGCCUCUCGGCCGCACUCGGUGGGCCUGGCCUAA